AUGGUAGCGAUUACACAUUUUGUUCCAUUUCACGAAAGACUCAUAGAAACAACGGUGACAAAUGAAGUUUCCACAGCCAAGAACUGGAUCCUCGCCGUACGAUCAGCAUACCAAGAAGAUCCAACGGUGAUCAUCUCUCUAAACUCCAAGACCAAUUCUCAAGAUGAUGCAAAAACUGCUACCGUUCAACUAUGCAUCAAAACCAAAUGCCUAAUACUCCAACUCCUUCAUAUGAACCAAAACACCAACCUCGGAGAAUGUCUUAGUGAUCUCUUUCUUGAUGAUAGAGUUGUUUUUGUAGGAAUCGGUAUUGUGAAAACCGUCAUGAGGCUUGACGGGAUGAUUAGAGUUGUUAAGAAAGCUGAUGUUCGUGAUUUAGUAAAGGUUAAUUAUCCUUUUAGUUAUGGUGUGAGAUCAAGGCUUAGCUUGAAGGCUAUGGUUUGUGAGUUGUUGGGUUUCGAUUCGUGGCAACCGAAGAGGGAGAUUGAUCCGAGAGAAGUGGCUAAUGAAGUUCUUGAUGAAGAGGUUAUUAAGUUUUUAUCAGUUGAUGCUUAUGUGUGUUACGAACUUGGGUUUAAGAUGCUCACACCACCAAUGCUUUAG